UUUGGUUCAUUAACCCAUGCGUGGGUUGAUUGGGACCAAUCGACUGAUCGUUCUGGACUUGUGCGCUGGACGCUCACCAGGACAGGUUUGAUUUUUUAUUUUUUUCUGUGAUAUGUUUAAAGCAAGACGUCGCUGACGAGGACGACCUGAGGGGUCAGGACGCGGUAUAAAACGUUCCGCUGAAAUCGAAUUCAGGCGAGAUUAAAGUUUCCACAAACAACAAAGCAGAGGAAUGCCUGGCUGUGACGAAAAGUGGCGUUCAAAUUUCCAUGAAAGUGUAGUGUUUUAUUAUUUAGCCUUUUUGAAGAGAAAUUGCUUUGCGGUAACAUUUAACAUUAGGUUUUCUGAGAAGAUUGGUGCAUUUAAGUUCAUACAGUAUUGUAAGAUUUGUCUGUGCUCUUGUUAGACUUAAAUAAAUUAACUCUCCAGCUGGACUACUGUAAGUCAAUUUGUGAUACCCUAAACUUAUUGGACGUAAAUAAACUCUAGAAGACGUUGUACUAGAAGCCUUCAUUCAGAGUUACUAGACAGGAAAUGGGCAAAGAGAGAAGGGGGGCACACCACUCCCCCGCCACAGCUUCGCGACGCCCCGAGGACUUCUUCGUGUUGAACCAUUUAUGCUCACAGCAGGCCUCCAUUGUUGUGAAGCCGUCAGCAGACUUCCUGGUUCUGUCUUCAUUGGAACCGUAUUAAACAAAGAAGCUUGGUUCCCUUUGUGAAAGUGGAAAAAAAACAAACUAGCACUAUAAAAUCUAAAUCAGUUUAACAACAAAAACACGUAUUUUAGUUUGUAAAAAAACAAUCCGAAAUGGAGUAGUGGGAUCUUGGAAGUACGCGGAACUCUUUUAAAAACCCUAGUUUGUUUGAUGUAAACAGCUAAGACAGGAUAAAUAAUAAGAAAACCUUGUUAUGUAGAAAUAUCAAUGCUUAUGCCAAUACACCUUUAAUACUUUUUUGAAGAACAUUUUAGUCAGAAUUUUAUAUUCGGCCCAUCAUCAACUUGGUAUUGUUGACAAUGGACUUCCAGAAAACUAAGCCUCCCCUCACCAUCCUCAGCAACACUGUGGAUCACUUCCUGGGACGGUCCUCACACAUAGACGCUGUACUUCCUGUAUCAACUCAAGAAGUACAACCUGCCACAGGAGCUGCUGGUCAGCUUCUACACCGCCAUCAUUCAGUCUGCCCACAUGUUUGUCUAUCACUAUCAAUACCUGUUUCCUCUGUGUUUGUCUUCAGCCUCUUGGAAUCAUCCUGCAUGCCCUCUUUUCAAAUGUGCAGAAUAUAUGCCAUAUGUAGGAUAAAAAAACCAAAACAUUUACUUGAAAGGAUUUGCCACUGCUCUUUGGAUGCUGAGCAUUAGCUCUUUUAGGUAAGAACUCCCCUAAACGCCUGAUGCAAUCAAGCGCAGCAGCAGUAAAACCCACCCUGCCUAGAGGCCCGCUCUUCAUGAGCUUUCAGCUGGAAUUAAACUAUAAAUUCAGAUCUGUUUUAUGGCGCCGAAAUGGGCUCUUGUACCUUUUUUGACAAUCCCAGAUAACUGCUAAGGCAAUUAGCAAAACCCGGAGAGGAGAACCGCAACACAUCCAGCACAGCCGCGCAAAGAGGCAGGAACAGUUGAGACAGGACGAUGUGCAGUGUUGUGAGAAACACAGCGGAGUCUAUAAUUAGGCUGUAUGCUGUCUCAGGCUGUCUUUUAUUCAUGUCUCGCUGCUCAUUCAUCUUUUCUGCAUAGCCAUAUUUUCUAGGCCAAGCUAAUAUCCCACUCGGGUUGUCAUGCCAACAGAUUAGCAUGCCGUAGCGCGGUUCCACCAGGCUGCAGGAGAAACUGGGAGCAUGUGACGCUGCGUGAAUUGAGCAGAGUAUCUGCCAGGCGCGGGCCUCUGUCAUGGUCUACGACGACACCAGCAAGAAGUGGGUCCCCAUCAAGCCGGGCCAGCAGGGCUUCAGCCGCAUCAACAUCUACCACAACACUGCCAGCAACACCUUCAGAGUGGUGGGCGUCAAGCUGCAAGACCAGCAGGUGGUUAUCAACUACUCUAUAGUGAAAGGCCUCAAGUACAACCAAGCCACCCCGACCUUUCACCAAUGGAGGGACGCCAGGCAGGUCUACGGCCUCAAUUUUGCCAGCAAGGAGGAGGCCACCACCUUCUCCAACGCCAUGCUAUUCGCCCUCAACGUACUCAGCGCUCAGGAUGGAGGUCCAGCUCUCCAGCGGCAGGUCCAGAACGGCCCCACGGCUUCGGAUGAGAUCGACGCUCAGAGAGCGAGGCAGAUGAUGGAACAGCAGCAGCAGAUGCAGGCGCACAUGGAGCGGGAACGACGGUCCUCCAACUCAGGUUCUCCUUUCCAAGGCCACCCUGCUGUGCUCUCCGUAGCUCCACCUGUAGUACCUCCACCUGUAAACAUGGGCGGCCCUCCCCCUCCGCCGCCACCACCGGGCCCCCCGCCGCCGUCAGGGGCAGCCCCUCCUCUUCCUCCUCCGCUGCCUAUGGGAGGAGGCAGCCAGGGGGACGAGGGCCCCGCGCCAACCGGCCUUGCCGCAAUGAUCGCUGGAGCCAAACUUCGCCGUGUUCAAAGGCCUGAGGACGGCUCUUCAGGUACCAAGAAUGAAGCCAACCGAACGAGUGGAGGAAGUGGAGGACUGAUGGAGGAGAUGAACGCUCUCCUGGCUCGAAGAAGGAAAGCGGCUUCAGAGAAGCCUGACGACAGCCAAAACGAUGAUGCAAACUCUUCGUCACCCAACACUCGGGGUGCGCAGAACUCCACAGACGGUGUGAAAAAGCCCUGGGACCGAGCGAACUCUGCAGACAGGUCGAUGGUUUCAAGGUUACGAACAGCAGGAAGUGUCAGCGACGCAGACUCGUUAGACCUCGACAGGAUGAAGCAGGAAAUCUUGGACGAGGUUUUCCGCGAACUGCACAAAGUGAAGGAUGAAAUCAUUGAUGCCAUUAGAAAUGAACUCAGUCGAGUUAGCACGACAUAAACUUUGAGAGCUGAAUCGCUUUUGCAAACCAUUGCCCCCUGCAGCCGCUGCUGAGGCCCUGAAGACGAGGAGGAGGAGGAGUCAGGAACAGAGGCCCAAACUGUGACAUUCACUCGUCGUGUUCGGCGAUGCGGCGCUGUUACUGUAACGCCUCGCCCGCGUCUGCGUAACAUUUGGUUUGUUUGUUUCUACCGUGAAAGGGCCACAUUCUCGCACUGAUUGCUCCGUUUUGUUAACAUGUUUCGUCUGUUUGUCUGCCCGUCUCUCCUCUGCCUUUGGUCCAAAGGAAAUUUAUGAAAUAUAAAAUUAUUUUAUUAGUUGUUGUUUUUUUCUGUUUUUUUUUAAUACAUUUUUUUUUGU